UUUGGGCGUGUUAUGACAAGUGGCGAGGUGACGUGAAGUAUCGCGCCCCACGAGGACGGAUCACUAUGGCAACUGGUGCCCACCCGCUGGGGUGGGUCACGAGGACUUGGUCAGUCUGUGUCAUUAGUGGCCAUGUGAUGUUUUAUCACCACGGCGCCACUUGUGCAACGGGGAAAGCGCGGUCGCUUUUCUGCAUGGGACAAAGCACUUUCAUGCCGUUUGGGUUGUUACAAAUGUUAGUGUUGUCUUGUGAUAUGUUUUCCCGUUUUUGUCAGUGUACAAAUCAAUUAAACCGCGUGAUGACCUUUAAUCGAAACCGUCUGUAAGGGUCACAAAUCAGCAUUGAAAGUGAGGUCCUCCCGUCUCUCCUCACGGUCCGCCUCCGUCCACCUUUCUCACGCGGGUGUGACAUUUUCUGAGCGCCACAUAGAAGUCGCAUAGCAGCGCGGCGACAUGACGGACCCCAAACUGCCCGACUCGUCCGCCGCCCCGGACUCGGUAGAGCCCACGGGGAGAAACGAUCAGUACCAACAGUCGGACUCCCCCAACCAGCGCCACCAGGCCAGCAACGGCAGUCAGGGAGAACUGAUCAAGAUGGACCAGGAGAUGAGGAUUACCGAGAGCAUAGAAGACGGAGGUCUUCUGGAGAGCAGCAUGCGCCUGAAACCACAUGAAGCACAAAGCUACCGCAAGAAGGCAUUGUGGGUGUCCUGGGCGUCCAUUGGGGCGACCAUCAUCCUAGCCAUCGCUGCCUUCACUGUCUCCAUCAUGCGACACAGCGCUUCUGCUUUUGGAUUUGCUUUUGACGCUAUGCUGGAUGUCCUGUCCUCAGUUAUUGUGCUGUGGCGUUACAGCAAUGCUGCAGCCGUCCACUCAGCUCAUCGGGAAUACAUAGCCUGCAUAAUCCUGGGUGUGAUUUUCAUCUUGUCAUCCUUGUGCAUAAUGGGAAAGGCCAUCCAUGACCUGGCCACCAAGCUGCUGCCUGAAGUGGAUGACUUCCUCUUCAGUGUCUCCAUUGUCAGCGGAGUGGUCUGCAUCUUACUGGCCGUGAUCAAGUUCAUGCUUGGAAAGGUGCUCACGAGUCGGGCCCUCAUCACGGACGGCUUUAACUCUCUGGUGGGGGGCGUCAUGGGCUUCUCCAUCCUUAUCAGUGCAGAAGUGUUUAAGCACGAGCCCAUGGUGUGGUACCUAGACGGGACAAUAGGUGUCCUCAUUGGCCUGAUCAUCUUUGCUUAUGGAGUCAAGUUACUGCUGGACAUGGUCCCACGAGUGAGACAAACCAGAAAUUACGAGCGCUUUGAGUAACGCCACACUGUCUGGCUCAUAGUGGAGAUGUUGACAAGGAGGGAGGGACUGAAAAGAGGAAGGGGCCAGUCAACACAGCACCCCCUCUCUGCAGAAUUUGUGUGGCCGAUACCGCUCCGUUCAAUUCUUUAAACUGCAUUGAGAAUGUUGACUGUUUUAGAAUGCAAUCUACUCUACACGAUAUCAACUAUCGUUAUGAGGUUGAUCAAGACGGCUCCGUAUUUGAAUAAGAUAAGGGGACUUUCUCUAAGUUGCUGACACAAACUGCCACAUGUUGUUUUUUCCCACAGUCAUCCAAGAAGCCUGCCUUCCUCUAUGUGGCAGUAGUCAGUCAUGAUGGAAUUGGGCCACAGUAGGAGUCAAAAUGCAAUAGGAAUGUAAAGAACUGUGCUGGUCUGCUGUUUUCAAAGAAUUUCCAUGAUGGCAUCGAUGAAUAUAACGGACUGUAUGCACGCUGCUGUUAAUCUUUAAGAUCAUUUGGGAGCUUUUGAUGAAAAGACAGUCAAAUCCAAAUAGUUUAUGCCUACAUAAGUAUUUUGUAUACUAAGUGUAGGGGUACAAAAUGUAUUUAAUUGGAACUACAUGACAAUAAUUUGUAUAUUAUCUAUUAUUCUGCGCCCGUGUUCCAAAUGCAGACCUAAAAGAUACUUUUGUAUGAUAACAACCAACCUGCCGGGCACUCAGUGAGUCAUCUGUCCUGCUGUAAUGUCAAAUGAUCAACCAGUCUGAGCCCUUUUUUCCACAGAAAAAGAAAAGGUUUAUUAAAAAAUAAAAUCACAUCCCUCUUAUUGAGAAUUGUUAACACAAAGACGCAAUUGUGUCCUCCUUUUUGCCAGUGGGAAACAUUGCCACUCUGGAUGAUACGUGACAGCACCAAAGAAUAUCAAAACAUUGAAGGUCAUUUGGACAAAGGACAGAUUUGUACAUUUGAAAUAAAGGUCUGGUAUCUGGUAUCCAACGCUUCAUUAACCGCGUGCUGCGCUCAAAUUCUCAUCAGUUGCUUCCUCAAAUAAAAGGACAAUCCAGUGAUUUAUUCUCUUCGGGUGGACAGGCCAAUACAAAUCCCUAAUGGAUGUUACGUACAUUUAUUUGAUGGACCUAAUAAAAACAGUGAUAAAUAACUUAGCUGCAGAUGUGAAAUGCAGAUUUACAUUUAAGCCACGGUGGUCAAUGUAAAUGGAGAGACAUGCAUUUUUUUAU